AUGGAGCACUUUAUGGCGACACAAACUCUCCAGAAUGAAGAGUUUAAAAAACAAAGUCUCUACACCAAUGAAACCCUUAGUAGUGAAAAACAAAUCGAAAGUACUAAGGAGAGUAAUAAUGAUGAGAGUUCAGGUGAGAAAAUAAUAGUGAUUGAGAAAGACCCAUCAAGACCACCCGAAAGGGAGGUUGCCGAAGAGGUAGAGAAGGAAGCACCAUGUGUUGUUCCUCCUCCCUAUAAAUCACUGAUUCCUUUCCCACAAAGGUUUGUGAAAGUUAAGGUAGACUCUCAAUCCGAAAGGUAUGUGGAGCUAUUGGAAAAUAUCCAUGCCAAUGCACCUUUGUUUGAGAUCCUCUGUAAGAAGAGAAAAUCAGAAGACCAUGAAACUAGGGAACUACUUAGUGUUAAAAGGGGAAGGUUAUACUUUGAGGUGGUGGAUGAAAAAAUUGAACCCAAAGCUGAAAAGCUGGUUCUCAGGAUAGAGCAAAAACUACCACCACAAGUUCAGAAGAACAAACCACCUCGCAGAAGGAAGAAAAGAAAAGGUGAGAGAUAUGUGAUAUGGCUUGAUAAGUGGCCAUGA